CCAGGACCGUGCCAAGGAAAGCGCUCUUUCACAGUGUGAAUCGACAAUCUUCCUGGUAAUGGGUAAAUUAAAAUACUACAUCUCUCACAGGAAAUUAUCAACUAUGCUGCAUUGAUCACGGCCGUUGCGCGUACACAGAGCCCGGCCCUGUAUGUAUUCCUGUCGGAUUCGCCGAAGAGAUUUACCAUCACAGUCGUACCGUGCUUAACUGUCUCCCUGUUUCGUUAAAGAUUUUACGGUCACUUUUCAACAUUAAUUUUGGAUAUUUGCCGCGAUCAAUGCGCUGGAAGCGUUCUUUUAACGGAUAGAUCCAGCGAUCCUUAUCAACACGCUUUGGGAUAUUUUUCCACGCAUUAAUAAGCGGAAGGUACGAAAUAAUUUGUGAGAUAAAAGAAUAGCAUGAUUAGCGAGUCACAUCAUCGUAUCCCCGCGCAGUCGUGGCCAGACACAGCAGCCAGUGCAUUACCGGCAAACAUAUAGCGAUCAUUUCCGGGCGUGGAUCGCAGCUUGUGUGGAUGAGAGCACCGGGGCUGCGCGCCGACAGCCAGCGUUUGGGUAUAUACACGCCAGAUAUAUUUUACGUCCUCCAACGGUCCAUCCCGUUUUUCAUUCAUACAACACCGCCUUACACACACACGCACACACGCUCACUCACAUAUACACACACACCGACGGAAAACGACAGGAUCGGAACGCGGCGGCGCACACCAGCUCUAAAUCUAUCGCCACACACACACAUAAACCAAACGGCUGUGUGUGUAUACCGUAUGCGUGUGUGUGUGUGUGGAACUGGAUCGAGCGGAUUUUUUGACGACGCAAAGAGCGAAAAGAGAGGGAGAGAGAGCAGCUAACGGCAUCCUGUCUGCUACUGCUGUUGGAUUAUAAUCACUGGCAAAACAUGGAUUAGUUAACGGUUACGACGCCGCGACCACUCUCCACAAUUCGUGUGUCGACCGACGGAACGCGACCCGUGCGCCACCGACGACCAGGUCUGUUUUGUUGUGAUAUUCUGUCUUGGAAAAUAUGAUGAUAACCGUGCUGGAUGCCAGUGGGGUUGAUAUACUGCAUCGCCGACCCGCCGUGGAUGUAUGAUCGGUUGUUGUGUGGGACUAUUCGUUAGCGGGGACGCAGGGAGGGGAAGCUUCGAACGUGUGUGUAUUUUGAUGGUGGAUGCUCGGCGAUUUCUCCCGUCCGCUGGCUAAUCUGAUCAAGUUCUCCCUUAUGACAAUGUUAAAGCAAGAUUCCCGACCGAUGAGUAGUGCAUCGUACGCGGGAAAUGAUCUCCGGCUGCGCAAUAAUAAUCCCAAUCCGCGAUCCCGGACAAGUGUCGAUACGCCACCUUCCUCACCGAACCAAUCAACCGAUCGCAGCCUAAGAAUCUGCUGCUUUUCCUGCUGUUUAUCAAGGAAUCCCGCUCCAUCCCGACCGCCCAAACAACCACCGGAUAUCGGCAAGCCUUUACUUGGUCAAGAUGAACUUCCGAUAACCGCCGAGGAUGUGAGAUUAUGGGGCGAAAGCUUUGAUAAUGUGAUGAAUAGCGUCAGUGGAAGGCGUGUGUUUCGGGAUUUUUUAAAAUGUGAAUAUAGCGAAGAGAAUAUAUUAUUCUGGUUAGCCUGUGAAGAUCUCAAAAAAGAGACCAAUCCGGAAACGGUGGAGGAGAAAGCGCGCAUAAUUUAUGAGGAUUAUAUAUCAAUACUUUCGCCAAAAGAGGUUAGUUUGGAUGCCCGUGUCCGGGAAAUAAUUAAUCGCAACAUGGUGGAACCUUCCCGUUCGACGUUCGAUGAAGCUCAAUUACAAAUUUUUACCUUAAUGCAUCGUGACUCCUAUCCGCGAUUCGUCAAUUCGCCCCAGUACCGCGGCCUAGUGGACAAAUAUCUCAAGCCCAAUGCCAACCUGCCCGGCGGGGGCGGAGCGGCACUGGCGCCGCCCGGGGGCGGUGCAGCCGCUGCCGGCGCCGCGGGCGGCCGAGCGAAUAAUUCCGGUGCCUCAUCCGUCGGAUCCGCGCCUCAGUCCAGCUCGUCAAAUUCCCACAUUCGGACCUCAAUGUCGUGAUUUUCAGACACACAACCCCUAUUAUACACAACUCUCUGCUGUGUGUAUUGUGGCGUCUGUGCGGUGGCGUGCGUAUUUUGUGUUGCAGAAAACGGCAACCAUCCAGCAAAACCAAUUGGCUCGUGUUAUUUCUGUUUAUUUGGUCUAUGUUUUGUUCAUCGGAAAUUAUAUGAUUUUCCUACUGGGAACGGCAGCAUCCUCGCCCAAAUUUCCACCACCUGGAACAUGCAAUUUCUCAAUUAUUUCGACGCGAAUUAUGCUGUUGGUCCAGUUGGCGACUAAUUUGAAUUCCGAGCAAAAAGACGUUUUUAUUCCAAUUGGUUCAUUUUUUUGUGUUUCUGAGGAUCACGAUUUGAAAAUUUUUUUGGCUGAUAGUUGUAUUCAGGAUCAAAAAGGAUGAAAUAGCGGCGGGGGAAUGGUUGUGCGGGAAUUUGCACUGAAGGACUGGAAAAGCGUAUUUGCGUUGUAAAAAAUGGUUUUCUCUUUUCUCUUUUUUUUGUUGCGGCAUUCCUCUGGUUUCGGGCGCGCGGCGACUGAUGAGAUGUAUGUAUUAGUCCCGGGGAAAGGAGCGGCAAAAUUUGUUGCAUUGAAAUUAUAUAUAUGCGUCGACAGAUGCUCGCCCUGGAUCCGGCACCGGUGUCUGAACAGAAUUACACACAGAAAAAUGGUUUUUUUGUUGUCGUUUUGAUCUCCUGCCUCUUCAUCCUGACUGCCAGUUAUGGUGACGCGGUCAGAAUUUUAGAUAAAUGAAAAUGUUCUUCUUUGGGAUAAGUGUUCAAACGAAGAUUAUUUUGUCGUUUGUCCUCGAAUCAAUGUGUUUUCACCAUACGCGGACAACAGUCUACUCUUUCUUUCCUGUGUAAUUUUGGCUUUUCUGUUUCACAAAUCUAGACUUCUGUUUUCUCUCUCUUUUUUUGUUUCAAACGUAUACAUGGUGCAUUCUGUUUCCAGAUGGACAGCAAAUCAAUAACAAUUUACAACGUGG